AUGUGGCCUUUUACUCGCUGCGGCGAAGACGCCUGCGAAAUACCUCCCCGUCCUGUUACUCUCGCCUCGUCCAUCUCCGCCCUCCCAUUUCUCUUUAUCUGCAUAUCGACAUCGAUCCUCGUCGUUCGCCAUGUCUUCCCUCGAUUAAGUACCGACGCCGACUCCCGCGACGGUGAAGACCACGUUUUGCCUACACAUGCGCCAGCUUGUCUGCGACAAGUCCAUGCUGAGCACGGGGCUAAGAGCUGGAGACGGCGCGGCGCAGCCUGGACAUUUGGUCUCACUGUUGGAUUGGCUGCUACACUAGGCGCGUUGAUCAUGGACGAGAUCAUUGAAGUUGUCAACGCGGAUUCCAGAAAUUUGGCUUUGAGAAUAACGGUGCCAAGUCUGCUAUUUCUUCUAGUCGUGUUGGUGCCUUGGCUGGAAUGUCGAUCAGUUGUUACAAGUGCAGGAUGGAGUUUCCAGAGAACAGCCAAGGGAAAGCUACCCAGAUUUGCUUGGGGACUACACGCAGCUCUGUUCAUGGGAUGGCUUUUUGCCUUUUGGUCGGUUGGCCAAGCUGUUCCAGAGGGUGCGAUGCGUAGGAUGAGCAACGGGAGCGGAAGCCUAUCGGACAUGCUGACGCGUGGCUGCUUGGAGCGCAUUGGUGUUGUCGGUAUCUCACUGAUGGCCCUGCUAUCUGGCUUUGCUGCUGUUUCUUCACCUUGGCAUGCAUUCAUGGAUCUUACAGCACGAAGAAAACGACCCGUCACGGAUACCGACGUUGCAAGGAAACAGGCUGGUUGGGAUACAGCAAAUGAGAUGCUCCUGACAAAGCGCCAUCGUCUGCAGUUUCUCGAGCGAAAGACUUCUGCCGCGCAGACUGGAGCUUUUGCUAAGGGAAGCGGUCUUGUUGGUAAAGUCAUGGGCUCUCUGCGUGGCGCAACCGGUGAUGAAGCAGAAAUGCGAUCACUGCGAUUGGAGAUUGCUGGUCUCGAGACUAUGGAAGCAAACCUGGCAUCCGGGGUGUCCCUGCUCAAGAGUCAUCGCGCAGCGACAGUUCGUGCGUCUACACCUCUUGGUCGGCUUUUCCUUGUGCCCUCGCAACUAUUCAGCUUGUACUGUCUGUACCGUAUCGGCGCCACUACAAUCACAACCAUUCGCCGAGCUUAUUCACCCACGUCAACUUUCGCCAACACUGAUCCUAUCAACCGUUUCUUGAGUAUCCUCGCUCGCCAUUGGGACCCAAAGCUUGACCAGUUGGCUUGGGCGCGGCUCAUCAGCUUUGCUCUUAGCGGUGUCAUUCUUGUUGCAAGCGCCAACAGUGUCGUCCAAACAUUCCAUCUCUUUGCCAAGUGGACACCGGGCCUGCUGCGUCAAGCUCAAGCAAAUCUGGCACUGGUUGUCGGGCAGAUUGCAGCGACUUAUGUCAUCUCCGCCGCUCUCCUGCUACGCAGUCAGUUGCCUUCUGCCUUGGGUUCAGCAGUUGGAAGUGUCUUGCGAGGUGCAUUGAGCCCUGCGUUUGUAGACGGCUGGUUCGAAGGCUGGUUUUUGGUAGGCAGUCUAGUGACAGCCAUUGGUAUCUGGGUAGGCAGAAAGCUUGGAGGAGAAGAUGAGUGGGAUGAGUACGGAAUGGAAGAGGUUGGCGCCAAAAUGUCUUAG